GUCCUCUAACCUCUCCUCAUCAUCCAGCACAAUGUCGGCCUCCCUUAUGCCCCGCAGCGACUCCUUCAAUGCCCGUGUUCGAGGCACAAGUCACAUCGACUUCAAGACCGCCACCACCGGUGUCGCAGCGAAGUCGAUGAGGAACGAGAUCAGCCGUCUCGUGUCCACCGUCGAGGAUCCUGCAACCAAGAAGGCUUUCGACACUGAGAUGCAGUCGUUCUUCUACCUCUUCACGCGAUACCUCUCCGAACGCGCAAAGAGCGUCGAGCUUGAUUGGGACCGCAUCAAGUCCCCCGCUGCUGAUCAGAUCAUCCCCUACUCUGACCUGCCAUCGCCCUCAGACACCAAGAACCUCGACAAACUCGCUGUUCUCAAGGUCAAUGGUGGUCUCGGAACUUCCAUGGGCAUGACCGGUGCGAAGAGUGCUCUCGAGGUCAAGGACGACAUGACCUUCCUCGACUUGACUGUCCGACAGAUCGAGCAUCUCAACACCACCAACCGCGUCGAUGUCCCCCUCAUUCUCAUGACUUCAUUCAACACUCACGAGGACACCCUCCGCAUUAUCAAGAAGUACGCUAACCAGCAGCUUCGCAUUACUACCUUCAACCAAUCUCGAUACCCCCGAAUCUACAAAGAGAGUUUGCUUCCUUGCCCCAAACGUGCUGAUGACGACAAGAGCCACUGGUACCCACCCGGCCACGGUGACUUGUACAACGCUCUCUUGCACUCUGGUGUCCUCGAUCAGCUGCUUGCCGAGGGCAAGGAGUACCUCUUCGUUUCCAACUCAGACAACUUGGGCGCCGUCGUUGACGAGAAGAUCCUGCAACACAUGAUUGAUACAAAGGCGGAGUUCUUGAUGGAAGUCACCGACAAGACCAAAGCCGACGUUAAGGGUGGAACCCUCAUCGAUUAUGAAGGCUCUAUUCGGUUGCUCGAAAUUGCCCAAGUUCCUUCCGAGCACGUCGAGGACUUCAAGUCUGUUCGCAAGUUCAAGAUCUUCAACACCAACAACUUGUGGAUCAACUUGAAGGCCCUCAAGCGGGUCAUGGAGAACGAAGGCCUUGAGCUUGACAUUAUUGUUAACCCCAAGAUCACUGACGAGGGUCAUGCCGUCAUUCAACUUGAGACUGCUGCCGGCGCCGCCAUCAAGCACUUCAAGAAUGCUCAUGGUGUCAAUGUUCCUCGAAGCCGCUUCUUGCCGGUGAAGAGUUGCUCUGACUUGCUCCUCAUCAAGAGCGACAUCUAUUCUCUCCAACAUGGACAACUCGUCAUCAACCCUCAAAGGAUGUUCGAGACCACCCCCGUCAUCAAGCUCGGUGACCACUUCAAGAAGAUCCAACAAUUCCAGAAGAGAUUCAAGAAGAUUCCCAAGAUCUUGGAGCUUGACCACUUGACUGUGACUGGCGAUGUCUACUUUGGCCGUAACGUCACUCUUCGUGGUACCGUCAUUGUCGUCGCCAACGAGGGUCAGCGAAUCGACAUUCCUGACGGCUGCGUCUUGGAGAACAGACUGCUCUCUGGUAACCUCAACAUGAUUGAACUCUAAAUGGCCUUCCACACCACCAGAUUAAAGACGCGAAGCAAUGGACGUUCUACAUCUACUUACCACCCUUUUUCCAUAUAAUCUCCACCUACGUUCCAAACCCUUUCUCCUGGCGAUGAUGCUAUGUUCGCCCCCUUUUUCGUUCUCAAUACGCGGUUUUAGUAUACGGUUUUUGGCGCGUCGAAUUUGUACGAGUACUUUCAAGGACUUUCGGUUACCCCUAUACAUAGACAGAAUUUGAUCAUUUGGAUUACGUUG